AUGCUGCUCAAGACCGUCUUCCUCACUGCCCUCGCCGCACUCGCCGUCGCUGCCCCCAACCCCAACCCCGAGCCCGAGGAGACCACCCUCGAGGAGCGCAACAACUGGGGCUGGAUCCCCGCGAUCUACGCCCGUCGCCAGCUGCACCCCAAUUGCGGCAUCGCCGGCGUCAACUGCGGCAAGUCGGGCCCCUUCUGGUUCUGCGCUCCCUUCAGGGCUGAGUGCUGCAAGGCCUCCAUCGUCCUGAGCACGCGCGACAACGACGGCGGCGACGGCGGUGACGGCGGUGACGAGAAGCCCGCCGACGGCGGCGAGAGCACCGCUCUCAUCUGGCCUCCUCCCAUCCACCGCAAGACCUACUGCCCCAGCGGGGUGGCCGCUGGUGCAUCCCUUACUGGCGUGGCGGCAAGAAGACCAACUAGGCUGGUCCAGGCGGGCCGAUGGACAGCUCGUCGUUCAGAAGAUAUGAAGCUAAGCUCUCAGUGCGGUGCAACGUUGGAGCGUAGAGACCAGGUGAUCACUUCGAACAUUCCUUCUAGCCUCGCCGCUGCCGUUACUCCGCGUUCUGCUGGGGUAGGCGGCGCGCGUCUAUAUAACGGCGCGCCUGCUGCGGCGAGGCACCGACCAUUCCUCCUCCGACGAACAUCCCUCUUCCUCGCCGCCCGAUCCAGCUCAACCCCGACAAAGCAACUUCCACUACUUCCGAUUGUCAUGUUCACCCUCUGCAAGUGGCUACCGGCCCUGCUGCUGGCGUGCGCCUUCCUUGGCGUCGCGAGCGCCCAGAGCCAGAACCCGAACCAGAAGGCCAAGGUGCACACCAUUGCCAACCCCAACCUCUGCGUUGCCCUCGGCGACGGCACGUACAACCGCGACAUCGUCCUGCGCCCUUGCUCGCACGAGUUGGCCACCUGGGCCAUCAACAAGAACGAAGGCAAGACGUUCAUCCGCCACAUCAACCAGUGUCUGAACGGCGCCUACUUCGCCCUCGACUGGGGCUUCAACGUCCAGAAUGGCAACCCAGCCUACGGCCAGCUGUGCCAGGACGAAGCACUGCGCUACGCGUACGAUCUCUGGCAAGAAGGUGGCCACGACCCCUGGCGCUGGGAACGUCUCUCCACCGGCCAAUUCAGGCUCUUCGGCUUCCCGCUCAACCCCUGUCUCGACAUCAAGGACGGUAGAGUGCAGGAGGGCACCAAGCUCCAGAUCUGGGACUGCCAUCCCCAGGGCCACCCCGACUACAACAACCAGAAGUUCAACAUUGAGUGGCUGGGCCCCGAGUAUCCCUAG